GGAGCAUUUCAAGAGCAUAUACACAUGCUUCAAAAUAUCCCCCAAGUCGCCUCAGUAUAUACGGUCCGUACCGCUGAACAACUUCGUCUUAUCGAUGCUUUAAUAAUUCCUGGUGGUGAAUCCACUACUAUGGCUUUAGUGGCUGAACGUUCAGGAAUAUGGGAUGAUUUAAGGGAAUUUGUUCGCACAAAACCUACAUGGGGUACUUGUGCUGGUAUGAUUUUAUUAGCCAACGAGGCGACAAAAACAAAGAAAGGUGGCCAGAAAUUAUUGGGUGGACUAGAUAUUACUGUAAAUCGAAAUCAAUUUGGAAGUCAG